ACCCCUUUUGCCUUUAAAUCCCAUUAACGCUCUUUCAUAACGCCAAACCCCUCUCUCUGUCUCUGUUUCUCUUACUCUCUCUCUCUCUCUCUCUCUCUCUCUCUCUCUCUAAAACUAUGUGUAAGUCAUCUUCUUCCUCACUUUUCUGCAAUUCCAAACCAGAGCCACAUCAAAACAACCAUUCCUCAAUCAAAGUACAAGAAUCCGACCCACUCUCACCUUUGAUCCCAAAAACACCAACAUUUGAGGAACACAAUCAGAACCCCAAAAAAACCAACCUUUCUCUUGCUUUUACAGAAUCAAAAUGCAUAUUCAACGUAGCUUUUCCUAUGGUUUUAACAGGGCUUUUAUUGUAUUCCCGUUCUAUGAUCUCCAUGCUAUUUCUCGGCCGUCUCGGCGAGCUUGCUUUGGCGAGCGGUUCCCUAGCAAUCGGCUUUGCUAAUAUUACAGGGUACUCUGUUUUCUCUGGUUUAGCUAUGGGGAUGGAACCAAUUUGCGGUCAAGCUUUCGGAGCGAAAAGAUUCAAACUUCUUGGCCUAACCAUGCAGAGAACCGUUGCUCUGCUUUUGCUCACUUCGAUUCCAACAGCAUUUUUAUGGUGCAACAUGAAGAAAAUCUUGGUUCUGUUUGGCCAGCAAGAAAAUAUAGCCACCGAAGCACAAUCUUACAUUCUUUAUUCACUUCCGGACCUCAUUGCUCAAACCCUUUUGCACCCUUUGCGAAUCUAUCUCAGAACUCAAUCCAUUACUCUGCCUCUCACAUACUGUGCAAUCUUUGCCAUUCUUCUUCACGUUCCCAUCAACUACUUUCUAGUUCAUGUUCUUGAUCUUGGAAUCAAAGGCGUCGCAUUGAGCGGCGUUUGGACCAAUUUCAACCUCGUAGGUUCGCUGAUUGUCUAUGUGAUAAUCUCCGGAGUCUAUAAGAAAACUUGGGUUGGGAUUUCCUUGGAUUGUUUGAGAGGUUGGAAAUCUCUGUUGAGCCUCGCAAUCCCGAGUUGCAUAUCGGUAUGUCUCGAAUGGUGGUGGUACGAGAUCAUGAUUUUGCUCUGCGGUUUGCUGAUUAAUCCCCAAGCAACCGUAGCAUCAAUGGGUGUUCUGAUUCAAACAACAGCUUUGAUAUACAUUUUCCCAUCUUCUUUAAGUUUUAGUGUUUCAACAAGAGUUGGGAAUGAGCUCGGUGCUAAUAAUCCCAAAAGAGCGAAAUUCUCAGCCCUUGUUGGUCUGUCUUUGAGCUUUGUAUUGGGAUUUUCAGCAUUGUUGUUUGCUGUAAUGGUGAGGAAGACUUGGGCAAGCAUGUUUACAAAAGAUGCAGAGAUUAUAGCUUUGACAUCGAUGGUUUUGCCUAUAAUUGGAAUGUGUGAGCUUGGAAAUUGUCCUCAGACAACCGGUUGUGGAGUUUUGAGAGGAACAGCAAGGCCAAAACUUGGAGCAAAUAUCAAUUUGGGUUGCUUUUACCUGGUUGGGAUGCCAGUUGCUGUUUGGUUGGGUUUCUUUGCUGGGUUUGAUUUUAGGGGACUUUGGCUUGGUCUUUUGGCUGCACAGGGCUCGUGCGUGUUGACCAUGUUGUUUAUUUUGUCGAGGACCAAUUGGGAAAUUCAAGCUCAGAGAGCCAAAGUGCUAACAGGAACUGUCACUGUUGAUGAUGAAAAACGACAAGAAGAGGAGGAAGACGAGACAAGAGAACCAGUUUGAUGAUUUAUUAUACAAGACGAGACAAGAGAACCAGUUUGAUGAUUUAUUAUGUAUACAUUUAUUAUUAUUAUUAUUAUUAUUAUCAAAAUCCCACGUUGAUUAAUGUAGUAGUAUAGAUUGAAAAUAGUGCAAUCAAAAAAAAAAAAAAAAGAGUAUAUUCAUGUAAUUAAAAUCAUGGGAUUGUGAAGUAGGUAGAGAGCUCUUUUUGUUUAUUCAUUGUUUUUCUUUGUUUUCUUUUAGUUCACAAUUGAAGUUGGGGGAAAUAGCAAAAUCGUACUUUUUUUUUUUU